AUUCAGGCGGCGGCGAGACGACGACGACUGCAUCCGCUGCCACUGCCCAUAAACCCGUCACCCCAUCGUGCCAUCCCGGGCGCCUCUUACUCCUCCCUCCGCUUGUGCAUGGUUGUGUAAACCAGCACUUCCUCGCCUCCUCCUCCUUCUCCCGCAAUGUCGACUCUGCUCCGCCGAUCAAGCCAAGCAGCGCGAUUCCACAAGCUCAAUCUCCACGCCUCGUACCGGCGGAUACCUUGUGCAGCACAGAGAGCCGCGCCGCUGUGUCAAUCAAUAAAUACCUUCCAAAGAACCCGCUCACUCGCGACCGCGCCUCCAAAAGAGCCAAGAGAUAAUAAGGCCCGAAAUGGCGAAAAGCAGAAGACGGGUCCCCGGUCCUCGGAGGUGAAUUCAGGGCCGGAGAGGUCGCCAUUGACAGAGGAAGAGGUGAAACAACUGGAGCAAUUCCAAAAGUUGGUCUCAAUGGGUCUGCCUCGGUCGCAGAAGAAGUAUCUCGAUGAAGGGGUCAACGACCUGAAGGAGAAUGGCAUUCCCGUUGAACUGCGGAAGGAAUUGGAGGAGCUGCGCAACGGCAAGAAAAUGAACUUGGCGGCUUUGAAGAGAUUACUCAAUCUCACCAACCAACUCGCAGAAGAUGCUGCAAACAGGCGCAGUGAGAUGGACUUUAAGCAAAACGUGGAUGCAGGGAAAAAGUCGGAGGAGAACACCGCGGAGAAGAACGGAUGGGCGGAUCCACUAGGUGCCCAGAAGACACAUUCAGACCCAGGUCCUUCGAAGGACAAGCCCAAAGUAGAGGGAUCAGGCGGUGCUGGUUUCGGUGGCACCCCGGAUCCUAAAAACUUCCCCCCUUGGGCAAUCGCACUAGGCCUAUACUUUCUCUGGAGGAUGUACUCGGAUAGCGACAAUUCAAAGGAGAUCACAUUUCAGGAGUUCCGUACCACGUUCCUAGACAAGGGUUUGGUCGAGAAAAUCACAAUAGUGAACGGUAGCAGAGCCAAGGUGCACCUCCACCGCGAGGCGGUAGCAGCCAUGUACCCGGAUUCCCCUGCCGCUAGCAGUGGCUUCUACUAUUAUUUCACAAUAGGCUCUGUGGAGGCAUUCGAGAGGAAGAUGGAUGAUGCGCAGUACGAACUGGGCAUUCCCAGCAAUGAACGGAUACCGGUAUCCUAUACCACUGAGAUCUCCUGGUUCAGCACCUUCAUGUCAUUUGCACCCGUUCUUUUACUCAUAGCACCCACGCUCUGGUUGCUCAGGCGCGGUGGAGGUGGAGCGGCGGGCGGCGGCAUAUUCAGUGUUGGAAAGAGUAAAGCGAAGAGAUUCAACCACGAGAAGGAUGUGAAGGUCACCUUUGCCGAUGUCGCCGGCUGCGACGAGGCGAAGGUGGAGAUCAUGGAAUUCGUACAAUUCCUCAAGAACCCCGAAAGAUUCCAGAGACUCGGAGCUAAGAUUCCCCGCGGAGCCAUUCUAUCCGGACCCCCAGGAACUGGUAAAACUCUCCUGGCAAAGGCGACAGCAGGAGAGUCCCGUGUGCCCUUCUACAGCGUCAGCGGCUCGGAGUUCGUAGAGAUGUUCGUCGGUGUGGGCGCUUCCCGAGUGCGUGAUUUGUUUGAGACUGCGCGGAAGAACACCCCCUGCAUUAUCUUCAUUGACGAGAUAGAUGCGAUCGGUCGUGCAAGAUCGAAGGGUAACAUCACGGGCGGCAACGAUGAACGGGAAGCCACCCUUAAUCAGAUCUUGACCGAAAUGGACGGAUUCAACACCACAGAUCAAGUGGUUGUCCUAGCCGGUACCAAUCGCGCUGAUAUGCUCGACAGAGCUCUUGUCAGACCCGGUCGAUUUGAUAGACAUAUCAAUAUCGAUCCGCCAACCAUGGAAGGACGAGCCCAGAUUUUCAAGGUCCAUCUCAAGAAGAUCGUUACCAACGAGGACAUGGAAUUCCUGACGGGCAGGCUAGCGGCGUUGACUCCUGGCUUCUCUGGUGCCGAUAUUGCAAAUUGCGUCAAUGAAGCCGCUUUGAUAGCUGCGCGCCGUCAAGCCGACAGUGUCACCAUGUCUCACUUUGAACAAGCCAUCGAACGAGUGAUUGGUGGGUUGGAGAAGAAGUCAAUGGUGCUCAAGCCGGAAGAGAAGCGGACAGUGGCCUAUCACGAGGCAGGCCAUGCCAUCUGUGGCUGGUACUUCAAGUACGCGGAUCCGCUACUCAAGGUCUCUAUCAUCCCCCGUGGGUCGGCUGCCUUGGGAUACGCGCAAUACCUUCCCCAGGGCGACACCUACCUCAUGAACGUGAAUCAGUUGAUGGAUCGCAUGGCUAUGACGUUGGGUGGUCGCGUGAGUGAGGAGCUUCAUUUCGAUGCGGUCACGUCGGGCGCCUCGGACGACUUCAAGAAGGUCACUGCCAUGGCAUCAGCCAUGGUUACCAAGUGGGGAAUGACCAAGAAGCUUGGUUAUAUCUACUUCGAUGACAGCGAACAAAACUUGAAGAAACCGUUCUCGGAAGAGACUGCCAAGAACAUCGAUGAGGAGGUCAAACGGAUCGUCGAUGAAGCAUACAACAAGUGCAAGGCGCUGUUGACAGAGAAGAAGCGUGAAGUUGGCUUGGUCGCCGAGGAGCUGCUGAAGAAAGAGAUGCUGGGCCGCGAAGACAUGAUCCGGUUACUCGGGCCCCGACCUUUCGAAGACCCGCAGGAUUUCCACAAAUACUUUGGUGGCGAGCACGGCAAGGUUCCAGGCCUGGUUGAGCCAGCAGGCUCGCCGGAUGAGAAGGGUCCUGUUGUGCCCCCACCAGAACCAGGAGUAGCAUUCAGGAGCUUGGAUAUUGAGGACCGGCGGUGACCGCGGCCAUUGGGGCUUGCGAUUUCUACUUUGGGUUAACUAGCAUAUCUUUUCGCCGUGGCAUGCAUUGUCUGCGUGGGCUUCGGCAUUCUGGGGGCACUUUGCCUACUCAUUUCCACUCCUCGAACUGUGCAUUGUAUCAUAGACUGGGAUGAUGGGGAUGGAUGAAUUGUAGUAUAGUAAGCGCGGAAGCGCAACGUAAGAAAAAGAGUAGGAGUCCGUGUUUCCUAUGUACCGGAAUAGAGAGUGUAGAACUGUUAUACCCUGCUUAUUGUGUGACUGGUCCAAAUACGCUUGACCUGAUGCACCGGGGCUGUUCGUCAAGGAAGCACCGCAUGCGGUCCCAAAACCUCUCAAGCAACACGCACCGGAGGCUCUUUAUAGGAC